UCUUACGACAAUAGAAAUCGUGACAAAUAAGUGUGCAAAAUGGCAAAAAUGAUAUGCAUUGACGACAUGGAGAAGUACGCUCUCCAGCACUUGAGUAAAACGACUGCAGAUUACUAUAAGAGCGGCGCUAAUGAAGAACAAACUCUUCGCGAGAAUCGGAGUGCUUUCGAGCGGUUGAGGAUUAGACCGCGAUUUCUAUGCGAUGUGAGUAAUCGUGACUUGAAGACAACUGUGCUGGGUACUACCGUGUCACUACCAAUAUGCGCCUCUCCAUCAGCCAUGCAAAAAAUGGCUCAUCCGAUGGGAGAGUUAGCAACAGCUAAAGCGUGUGAAUCUGUGGGAACUAUAAUGACUUUGAGUACAAUCAGCACCUCAUCGUUGGAAGAGGUGGCAAAUGCCGCUCCAAAUGGUGUCAAA